AUGUCGGCCUCAGACAGGCUUGUCCCGACCUAUGACAACGCCCUCCACCUCCUGUCCCUGCUGCAGUCCAACAAGAACAUCAUCAACCUCUUCACCGCAGCCCCAGGCUCGCAGGGGGACAUCAAUGCCGCCGCCAUCCCCGAGAUGACGGCCUGGCUGGACCGGGCCGGCUACGCCCCCUCCGACCUGGCCCGCCUGCGCUGCAUCCACGUCGCGGGCACCAAGGGCAAGGGGUCCACGUGCGCCUUCACCACGUCCGUCCUACGCCAGUACCCCGACGUCGCGGGCCGCGUGGGGACCUACACCUCGCCGCACCUCGUCACCGUGAGGGAGCGCAUCUGCCUCGACGGGGAGGCCAUCUCCCAGGACAAGUUCACCACCUACUUCUUCGAGCUGUGGAACCGCCUCUCGGACGCCGCGAGGAAGGCCGGCGACGAGCUGCCCGGGGGUGAGGAGCUCGGCGCGGACGGGCCGUCGACGAAGCCGUUCUACUUCCGCUUCCUGACGCUGCUCGCCUUCCAUGCCUUCCUGAGGGAGGGCAUCAAGUCUGCCGUCAUCGAGUGCGGGAUCGGGGGCGCGUAUGACUCCACCAACGUGCUGCCCCCGGAGGCCGUCACCGCCUCGGCCGUGACGCAGCUGGGCAUCGACCACGUCUUCAUGCUGGGUGAUACGGUCGAGAAGAUCGCAUGGCACAAGGCGGGCAUUUUCAAGAAGGGGGUGCCGGCGUACUCUUAUCAGGCCGGGAGGCUUGACGGAGACGGCGUCUCAAAGGUCCUGAGCGAGCGGGCGCAUGAGAAGGGGGCCACUCUGGACUUGAUCGACAACCAAGUGCUGGAGCAAUGGGCAGGUGUGCAAGGCGCCCGCCUGGAAGGAGCAUUUCAAAAAGGCAACAUGGCCCUCGCCGCUGUCAUCUCGAGGAGGCAUCUGCAGGCACUGGGCCACAAGUUUGAGCUCCCUUUCUUCGAGAGCGGGGGCUCAGCGCUCCCCAGCAAGUUCGGCGACAUGCCCGAGCAAUUUAUUACUGGCUUGCAGACCGCAACACUUCGAGGCCGCUGCGAAACAAUCACAGAUGACCGCAUACAGUGGUUUCUCGACGGCGCACAUACGGAAGACAGCCUUGUCCAGGUGGGCAAGUGGUACGCUGACAAGAUCUCCGGGGAGGACUCCAUCCGGAUACUCAUCUUCAACCAACAAGACCGUGACUCUGCCGCGCUACUGCAGACGCUCCUUGAGACUAUACUGAAGGAAACAGAAAUACCCAACCACAAGAUCUUCCACCACGCCUUCUGCCCGACAAACGAGGCCAACAGCUUCAUGAAGAAGCCGGAGUUUACCGUGCAGAGGAAGAACUGCGAUGUCAUACGGCAGUUCUGCCCUUUUACCGCAGCACUCCCCGCGGACAGCAUAUCGACAGCGCUCGAUAUGGCAAGGACGGUCAUGCUCGGGGCCAAGAAGAGCAAGGACAAUUUCAAAGUACAGGUGCUGGUCACGGGAAGCUUCAAUCUGGUGGGGCCGGCGCUGAAGCUGUUGGAACCAGGUGGUGAACCUUAA